CCGGUUCCCCGCCUUUUCUCUCUCUAAAUUCACUCACUCGCACACACUUCUAUCUCUUUAUCUCUCUAAAAAUUAGGGUUUUUUCUUUCCACCUCCAUCAAUGGUUGACAUUCCAAACCCUACUUAAUCCCUCAAAAACAUCUCUCCGUACAAAUUGUACAUAUCAUUUCAUAUAUAAUAAUGUGUAUUUUAUUUAUUAUCCAGAGUUUGAUUUGAUUUAUUAUUAUCAUUUUAUCUUAAGCGCCGACGUAGUUAUUGUGAAUGACGUCCAAUUCUUCCGCUGCCGCGGACGGAGGAGGAGGAGGAGCACCGCCGUCACAGCCGGCGCCGGCGCCUAUGCCAAGUGCGAAUGCGCCUCCGCCAUUUCUGGUGAAGACGUAUGACAUGGUGGAUGACCCGAGUACGGAUAAGAUCGUGUCGUGGGGCCCAGCAAACAAUAGCUUCGUGGUUUGGGACCCACCGGAGUUUGCUAGGGACCUUCUUCCGAAGUACUUCAAGCACAAUAACUUCUCCAGCUUCGUUCGCCAAUUGAAUACUUAUGGUUUUAGAAAGGUUGAUCCAGACCGCUGGGAAUUUGCUAACGAGGGAUUCUUAAGAGGUCAGAAACACCUGCUUAGAAGUAUAAGUCGGCGUAAACCUGCUCAUGGACAUGCUCAACAACAGCAGCAGCCACAUGGACAGAGUGCAUCUGUUGGGGCUUGUGUUGAGGUUGGGAAAUUUGGACUUGAAGAAGAGGUUGAGAGGCUGAAAAGGGACAAGAACGUGCUUAUGCAAGAGCUGGUUAAGCUCAGACAACAGCAGCAAACUACUGACAAUCAGUUGCAAGGGAUGGUGCAGCGCCUUCAGGGUAUGGAACAACGACAACAACAGAUGAUGUCAUUUCUGGCAAAAGCUGUUAACAGCCCUGGAUUCUUGGCACAGUUUGUACAGCAGCAAAAUGAGAGUAAUAGGCGCAUAGCUGAAGGCAGCAAGAAACGGAGGAUUAAGCAAGAUAUUGAAUCACAGGAUCAUUCGGUUACCCCUGCGGAUGGACAGAUUGUGAAGUACCAACCUGUGAUGAAUGAGUCAGCAAAGGCAAUGCUUAGGGAGCUUUCAAAACUGGACUCUUCUCCUAGAUUAGAGAACUUCAGCAACAGUCCUGAAAGUUUCCUGAUUGGUGAUGGUUCACCCCAAUCUAAUGCAUCUUCUACUCGUGUUUCAGGAGUCACUCUUCAGGAAGUCCCACCAACUUCUGGCCAGCCUUUGCUGAGUACAGCUUCAGCAAUUGCCGGUCAAAGUUCAUCUUCUGAAAUUACCAAUAACCAGUUGUCAGAGAUAAGCUCAUUGGUAGGAGCUCACGAUUUGCCUCCUGUUUCGCUUUCUGCGUCAGAUAUGAUUAUGCCUGAGUUAUCACAGUUACAAGAAAUUUUGCCCGGAAACAAUAUGGAUAUUAUCAGAUCUGAGAUGGAGAAUGAUUCUUUCAUGGAUUCUUCAGUUGGAGUAGACGAAAAAAUGCCAUUAGAUAUCGGUAGUUUCUCUCCUGAUCCUCAAAUUGAAUGGCAGACUGGUUUGCUGGACGAUAUAGGAGAGCUUCCUAGUGUCGGUGACCCCUUCUGGGAAAAGUUUCUUCAAAGCCCUUCCCCUGGCGAGACAGAGGAGAUGGACCUUGCUGCAAUGGAUGAUAUUUCCAAUGAAACCAAGCCACAAGAAAAUGGAUGGGAUAAAACUCAGCACAUGGACCAUCUUACUGAACAAAUGGCUACUAACAUCAAACAAUCAAAAAGUAUGAUCUGGUUAUCAAAGUAAAUGUACAUGUGUUAUGUUAGAAAAUUCAGGUAGGGUUUUGUUACUUUGUAUCGUAAGUCACUUGACCUUUGCCCAUAAGAGAGUUGCUAAUAUGUGUUAUUACUUUUAUCCCUCGGCUCUUUGCACAUAGGGGACUUUGUUAGCUUCUAGUUUACCCUGUGUUCGGUCAUCUUGAUUUCUCUCUUCUUCUUGACAUAAAGCUGAAUGGAUCUAAGUUUAUGUUGAAUCGACGAUUCUUUUGCCCCUUCCCAGUUCCCCCUUUCUUUUUACUCAUGCACACAAAGAUGUAAAUCUAUGCGUGUUUUUCCA